GACUUAUUCCACCAAUCCUCGACAAGCUAGCGUUCACGUGCUGUGAAACCUGUCAAUCGCAUGGGAAAUCGUAAGUGGACAUGAAUUUAAAUGGUUUCAAUGAAUCAGCCAAGCUUCCCAGUCUACGUGCACUGAGAAAUAGUAUCGGAAAUCCAACAGACUUUUUCUUUCCGAUGUACGGUUUCAGAGAUCAAACACAUUUUGCCAAACAGUUUGGUUAUCAAGGGAUAGUUGAAUCACCUGGCAUGGCGUUCAUUGUGAAUACAAACUCCCAGGAUGGCUUGCCAAAUGCUAUCUUGGCGAACAUUGCUUCUUGCUGGCCAGCGGUCAUGCUUGCUAUGGCUUUUACGUAUAUAGCAGGCCUGGGAGUUUGGACAGUGGAAUCGCGUUGUAACCCAGACUUCCCUCCAUCUUUCGUCGAAGGAGCACCUGAAGGCUUUUAUUGGUCAUUUGUCUCUAUGACAACGGUUGGAUAUGGCGAUCGUUCACCGAUAUCAGUUGUAGGGAGAUUUUGUGCCAUUAUCAUUAUCCUCUGCGGACUGAUAAUCUUUGGUAUUGUGACAAGUGUCAUGACAACGGCUAUUACGACUGUCACCAUGGAAACCGACUACAAACUAUACGGAGCCAAGGUAGCAGCAAUCGAUGGAUCUCCGGAGUACAGAAUGGGAGUGAGGAAGAAUGCUCGAUUGGACGAAGAUCAAGAGUAUCACACGCUCAAUGAUAUCUACAAAGCUCUAAAUGAACAACAAGUUAUUGGGGCCUUGAUAGAUACAUACAGUGCUGGAAGCAGCAAGAUGUUAUUUGACCAAGAACAUUUACGAGUGAAUAAGAUCCUGGAUUACUCAGCUACCUAAGGAGUUGUGAUGGGCAGUGAAGCCAAAAAACUACGGCGCUGUUUCAAACAUUACAUUGAAAAGGCUCUGGCUAGUGAGAUUGCACAUCAUGUACAGAAAAAUACUGAACAGUUGCAGGAGCCAGCUGAGUCACUCCCAGUAGAAAGGUCCACAGGGUUGUUUGACAGUCGCACUGCGUUAUUUGAAAAAUCAUUGCUGGUCAGCGGCUUCCUGUUAACAACGUUUUUGCUUUGUGGCAUUACAUGGGAAAUAAUUCGAUGCAUCAGGGAAAGAUCAAAAAUUUAUCCAUUAGCUUUAAGACAGAAGUUUGGAAUGAUGGCUGAGAUGAAAGCGCUUGUGGAAACUUUUAACGAGAACAUUCGCGUGAUUCAAGUGAACUUGGCACGAAGACAUUACCGAGAAAGAAAACAGGUACUGAAGAAUUACAAACAGAUGCCGAAGGAGGACUUGCUAUCAAUAGCUGACAUUUAAUCUCAGGAACUUGUAAAUAGUUUUGAUUCAGAAUCUCGUUUGCAAGAGGAGAGAGAACAUGAGGCAGAUUGUUGAUGAUGAUGAUGAUGACGAUGAUGAUGGUGUUAAUGUUUUGAUAAUCCAUUGCCUCUUGAUUGAGGUCGUACAUAAAAAAAAGUCUUUCUAUAUGAUUACGCAAUUACUGGUGAACCAGUAGUUUCCAUU